CUCCGCCGUUAAAAGCGGAUCCUCGCAAGAGGCGGUGUCGCGAGGUAUGAAUAUUGAUGACGCAGCGCCGCGCCGAGCACCGCCCUUCUCGGCUUCCCGACGCUCGCACCUCGCGCCCGGGCUCGCGAUGGGGAAGAAGUCCCGGGUGGUACCCGGCCGAAGGCCUAUCCUGCAGCUCUCUCCGCCGGGUCCCCGGAGCAGCACGCCGGGCCGGGACCCGGAGCCCGAACCCGACCCCGAGCCGGACUCGACGGCGGCGACGCCUAGCCAGCCAGCCCCGGCGGCGCCGACGACCACGACGACCGCGGUGACUGCCGCCGCGGCCCCGGAAGACUCGCCUUCAGAAGAUGAACAGGAAGGGGUGGUGGAGGUUCCCAGAGUUCAGAAUCCUCCAAAACCAGUCAUGACCACCAGACUGACCGCCGUGAAAGCAACAGGAGGUUUAUGCUUACUUGGUGCAUAUGCAGAUAGUGAUGAUGAAGAGAGUGAUGUUUUGGAAAAACCAGCGCAACCUAAAGAAGCGAAUGGAAAUCAGUCAACUGAUAUUGAUAGUACAUUGGCCAACUUCCUAGCGGAGAUUGAUGCAAUAACAGCUCCUCAGCCUGCUGCUUCUACAGGAGCUUCUGCUCCACCUCCAACUCCACCUCGCCCAGAGCCAAAGGAAUCAGCAGCAUCUGCCCUUUCUUCCACUACUUCGAAUGGAACAGACUCAACGCAGACAUCAGGGUGGCAGUAUGACACUCAGUGUUCACUGGCAGGAGUUGAGAUUGAGAUGGGAGAUUGGCAAGAAGUCUGGGAUGAGAACACAGGAUGCUAUUAUUAUUGGAACACACAAACAAAUGAAGUGACAUGGGAAUUACCCCCGUAUCUUGCCACCCAGGUACAGGGAUUACAACAUUACCAACCCAGUCCAAUAACAGGUACUGAAACUAAUUUUGUGGUGAAUACAGACAUGUAUAACAAGGAGAAAAAUAUUUCUGUUGCCAGUAGUAAAAGUGGACCAGUCAUAGCCAAGCGAGAAGUUAAAAAGGAAGUAAAUGAAGGAAUUCAAGCUCUCUCAAAUAGUGAGGAAGAGAGAAAAGGGGUGGCAGCAGCACUGCUUGCUCCUUUAUUGCCUGAGGGAAUAAAAGAGGAGGAAGAGAGAUGGAGAAGAAAAGUAAUUUGUAAAGAAGUUGAGCCAGUUUCAGAAGUGAAAGAAACAAGUACAACAGAAGAAACAGCAACAAUAGUAAAGCCACAGGAAACUGUAUUGGACAAUAUGGAAGACCCUUCUCAGGAGGAUCUUUGCAGUGUUGUUCAAUCUGGAGAAAGUGAGGAGGAGGAACAAGAUACCCUUGAACUGGAGCUCGUUUUGGAAAGGAAAAAAGCAGAGUUGCGAGCCUUGGAGGAAGGAGAUGGUAGUGUGUCAGGGUCUAGUCCAUGUUCUGAUAUCAGCCAGCCGGCAUCACAAGAUGGAAUGCGUAGACUUAUGUCUAAAAAAGGAAAAUGGAAGAUGUUUGUUCGAGCUACCAGUCCAGAAUCUACCAGCCGGAGUUCUAGCAAAACUGGACGGGAGACUCCAGAAAAUGGAGAAACUGCAAUUGGUGCUGAAAAUUCAGAAAAAAUAGAUGAGAAUUCAGACAAAGAAAUGGAAGUAGAAGAAUCUUCAGAGAAGAAUAAAGUACAAACAGCACCUAAAGUAGAAGAAGAACAGGAUUUAAAAUUUCAGAUUGGAGAACUAGCAAAUACCCUGAUGAGUAAAUUUGAAUUUUUAGGCAUUAAUAGACAGUCCAUCUCCAACUUUCAUGUGCUGCUCUUACAGACUGAGACUCGGAUUGCAGACUGGCGGGAAGGUGCUCUUAAUGGAAACUACCUUAAACGAAAACUUCAGGAUGCAGCAGAACAACUAAAACAGUAUGAAAUAAACGCCACUCCUAAAGGCUGGUCCUGCCACUGGGACAGGGAUCAUAGACGAUAUUUCUAUGUAAACGAACAUUCGGGCGAGUCUCAGUGGGAGUUCCCAGAUGGUGAGGAGGAGGAGGAAGAAAGCCAAGCACAAGAAAGUAAAGACGAGACUCUUCCUAAACAGACCUUGAAAGACAAAACUGGCACUGAUUCAAAUUCUGCAGAACCCUCUGAGAAUUCCACAGGUUCUCUUUGUAAAGAGUCCUUUUCUGGUCAAGUGUCUUCUUCAUCACUCAUGCCACUUACUCCAUUCUGGACCCUCCUUCAGUCAAAUGUGCCUGUGCUUCAACCUCCAUUACCUUUGGAAAUGCCACCACCCCCACCUCCACCCCCGGACUCCCCUCCUCCUCCUCCUCCUCCACCCCCUCCUCCUCCUCCUCCUCCACCCCCUCCUCCUCCUGUAGAAGAUAGUGAGAUCCAGGAGGUAGAGAUGGAGGAUGAGGGAAAUGAGGAGCCUCCUGCCCCAGGAACAGAGGAGGAUACUCCAUUGAAACCUACACAAACUACAAUUGUAACUAGCCAGAGUUCAGUUGAUUCUACCACCUCUAGUUCUCCUUCCACUAAAGCUGUAAAGAGAAAAGCUACAGAAAUUAGUACUGCAGUAGUUCAGAGAUCAGCUACCAUUGGUAGUUCUCCAGUCCUGUACAGCCAAUCAGCUAUAGCUACAGGUCACCAGUCAACAGGGACUGGACAACAGUCUACAGGGAUUGGACACCAGGCAGUAUCAUCAGUUAGCCAUCCAGCAACAGGUAUAGGUCAUCAGGCCAGAGGAAUAAGCUUACAGUCAAAUUACCUAGGACUGGCAUCAGCUUCUGCAAUUAUGAGUUAUGCUGAAUGUUCUGUCCAAAUGGCAGUGACUGCUCCCACAUUGCAGCCAGUCCCAGCUCGAGGAGCUGUGCCUACAACUGCUGUUGUAGAACCACUGCCACCUCCACCUCCUCCACCUCCUCCUCCAUCAACACCACCACCAGCUCCCAAAGUGCCACCACCUGAAAAGACAAAAAAAGGAAAGAAAGAUAAGGCAAAGAAGAGUAAAACAAAAAUGCCAUCUCUGGUAAAGAAGUGGCAGAGCAUACAGCGUGAGUUAGAUGAAGAGGAGAACUCUAGUUCCAGUGAAGAGGACCGGGAAUCAACUGCACAGAAGCGAAUUGAAGAGUGGAAACAGCAGCAGCUGGUCAGUGGCAUGGCAGAGAGAAAUGCUAAUUUUGAAGCCCUUCCUGAAGAUUGGCGAGCAAGACUAAAACGAAGGAAAAUGGCACCAAACACAUAAUAUUUUAAAAAAUUAAAAAACAAAUGUUUAUUGGGUGUGUGUGGGUGUGUGUGUGUGUGGAUGUGUGUAUUCAGUUCAGAGUCUUAACCUGUUUUAUGUUGUCAAUAAACUAUAAAUGUUAUGAGGGAGAGCAUAUGGAUUUUGAAUUUCCUGGGCAAGAACAUAACACCUAUGAAGUUUUCACAUUUGGGAAAUGAAAUUUUUUCUGUUUUGCUGAAGGGUAAGAUGACUGUUUUGACCUGGCUGCCUUUGUUCUCACACUGACAAACUCAGCAUGUUAGGUACAUUAACCUCAUCACUCUGGAACAUGUGGCUUAUGAGUGUGACACCUUUUUAGAGGACACUGACAAAAAGUGAAGGAUUUUCCCUGCCUAAUGGAGGCUCAAUAAGGGUUCCUAGUAUGGUUCUCUCUCUCAUUAACUUCAACUCCAGAAAAAGUGCAAUUAAGAAGGCAGCUGUGUAUUCUACCUUGCUUAACUGGGAUUAUCAGAUCUUUCUGACCUUCCUCCAGUCUGCCACCCUGGAGUGCUAGGAUAUAUCAAGUCAUUUAUCAUGUGCUGAUAGAUGGCCACACUCUCCGAAAGUAUUCUAUCUCACACAUUCUAGAAUUGAUAGCUGUCAUUUCGUGCGCUAGAUGAAAUUUAAAUUUCAGUACAGGCAGCAGCAACAAGUUCAGGUCUUUGAUUUUGAGAAUUUCCCCUUACAUCUGCAGCAGUAAAUGUAACAGAAGCCACUGUAUGUGUUGAUAUUGUCUUAUUCCAAAAUUCACCUCCCUUUCAUGUGUGAACGUAUUUUCCAUAAAAUUCCAGUAUUUAAAAAGUUUACUAUUCUGUAUUUUCUAUUGUAUCACAAUCAGGUAAAAGUCACUUUAAACUGAAGAAAAGGCAAACUGUGUUUUAAAGCUCUUUGUAUUUCUCCAGUUUCUGACCUUGUAAAUUUGUAUAUAUACACUAAUAAAGCUUUUUUUAUACUUCUGA